AACAGAGAGCCAAAACCCUCCUUAAUCCUCAAAUGCCAAAGCUCAAAGUUCUGCACUCUCUCUUCCUUUCAGCGCCCAAAAGAACUACUUCGGCCACCGCAUCAACCACCGCCACCAAAACCACCGCCACGGCCACUAAAUCCUCCACAUCAAGAACCGAUGAAACUCUUACACAGUAUCUAUCAUCCAUUGACUCAUCAUCUUUAUCAUCAUUUCUUUCUAGUUCCAUCUCUAAACACUCAAAACAAUCCCUAAAACCACCACCGCCGCCGCCGCCACUGUCUAAUUCCAAAAAGCCUCCUCCAUCAUCCACUCUCCACAACCUACCAGACUCCGAUUCAGAUUCUGAGGACGCGUCAAGCUAUGUAGCGAAGCACAUUUCAUCUCUAUUACAAGAUGGGGAUUCAGUUACCUCUCCUUCUUUCCAAGGAAACAACAGUAAGAAUUCUUUGGAAUCUGUGUUGAGCAUACCUUGGUGCCAACAGGUAUCACAUCAGAAUGUUACUCAACAAAGGAAAGAUCUUUCUAGAACACGGAAAAAAACAUAUGUUUUCAAAUCAACUCAGAAAAUUCGUUUCAAUAAGCUUUUUAAAAGGAUGGACCAGAAGCUUGGUCCAGAUGUGAUUAUUGAUUUAUGUAAUAGAUUGGGACGUGAAACUGGUGCAAAAGAAUAUAAUGCAGUGAUGAAGCUUAGCAUUGAGAGGGCUACGGCAAGUAAAGAUAAGGAUAGUGCAUCAAAACAAAUUUCUGUUGCCCUUGAACUUUUUAAGUUGAUGAAGGAGGAGGGCUUCCACCAAGAUGAAGAAACCUAUAGUCCAUUUCUUAUGUAUUUUAUUGACAUGGGAAUGGUAGAAGAAUUUGAAAUCUUCUGUGAAGCUAUCGAAGAUAAUGAUCCCAAGUCACUUGCAAGAUUAGGUUACUAUGAGAUGCUUUUGUAUGUUGGAGUCAAUAAUGAAGUAAAGAUUCAAGAAAUUUGCAGUUAUAUUGCUAACGGCAAUGCAAAUGAGAAUUUUGAUUUACGAGAAAAUUAUUUGUUAGCACUUUGUGAAAGGGACCGUAAGAAUGAGCUCCUGCAGCUGUUAGAAGUUAUCGAUAUAACACAAGUUUCAUCUUUGGAUCACAUGGUCAAUAUCUUUAAUUCCUUGGGACGACUAUCAUUGGAGUCCUUGGCAAAGAAGUUUCUUUUAGCGUUCAAAGAAUGUGAGUAUGGCGCAGAGAAUAUCUCAACCCUAAUCUUUCAUUAUGCUUCUAGCAUCCCAAAUUUAGUGGUUGACAAUGUCAUUUUAAAAUUCAAAAGCAUGCACUUAAUGCUGGAGAUGUCACCUUCGUCAAAAUCAUAUGAGAAGCUCAUACGAUAUAGUUGUGAUUUACUUAAGGUGCAUGCAGCUCUUGAAAUAGUCAAUGAAAUGUGCAAAGAUAGUUUGACCUUAUCUAUAGACACUCUAAAUUCCCUACUGCGUGCUUGUGAUGAAAGCUUCGAGUUUAAUUUGGUUCAAGGGAUUUAUUCUUUAAUUUCCUUCCAUAACAUGACACCAAACACUGAGACAUUCAGGAGCAUGAUAAGUCUGAGGGUGAAAAUGAAAGAUUAUCAUGGUGCGUAUGAGAUGCUUGAUGAUUUGGAAAAAUACGGUUUGAUUCCUACAACAAGCAUGUAUAAUGCUAUAAUGGCAGGAUACUUUCGAGAGAAAAACGUCAGUGGCGGAUUGACGGUUCUCAAGAAAAUGGAACUUGCAAAUAUAAAUCCCGAUACCCAAACAUAUAGCUUUCUAAUAACCAACUGUAACAGUGAAGAUCAAAUUAGCAAGUACUUUAAGGAGCUGGAGUCUUCUAGAAUUCCAAAAGUAAAGCAAAUCUACAUGGCCCUUGUUAAUGCAUAUGCAAAUUGUGGGCAGUUUGAGAAGGCAAAACAGGUACUCUCUGACAAAGAAAUACCAAGCAAGGAUGUUAAUGAAAUCAAAAGUGUACUUGUCGCAGCUCUUGCAUCACAUGGACAAAUGUCUGAUGCCCUUCUUGUGUAUGAAGAAAUCAAGGAAGGUGGAGGAACUGUGGAGCCAAAAUCUGUCAUAAGUCUUAUUGAGUAUUGUCAAUCUGAAUGUGAACCAAGUACAUUGCUUAAACUACUGGGUGAAUUGAAAGAACCAGACUAUUGGGUGGAUGGCUGCUGCAGAGUUAUCUUGUGCUUCAUACGUUACAACAAUCUAAGUUCUGCUGUCAAUCUGCUCAAGCAACUUAAGGAUCGAAUCAAGAAUGAUGAAUUGACCAUGCAAGUCAUUUUUGAUGAGGUUUUUUCUUUAAUUGCUGAGAUAGAGCCUACAGAUCUGCAGAUUGGGUUGGACUUGCUUCAAGCCAUUAAGGAUGAGCUUUGUGUUUUACCAUCGCGAAAAUCACUUGAUUUUCUACUCAGUGCUUGUGUGAAGGCCAAAGAUUUGCACAACUCUAAUUUAAUUUGGAAAGAGUAUGAAGCAGCUGGCUAUCCUUACAAUGUUACAAGUUAUUUAAGAAUGUAUCAGGCCCUUUUGGCUUCAGGAGAUCAUAAAUCUGCAAAACUUAUGCUAGCCAAAAUUUCAAAAGACGAUCCUCAUGUUCGCAGAGUCAUCCAAGCGUGCCAAAAAACUUAUAUUCAAUCCUGUUCUAAAAAGGGGAGAAAGAAGAAAAAGGACAGCUAGUGAAACGUAACCAAAUUUUUGAAUUGUAAAUAUAAACAAUACAAACUUGAACCAUUUCGGGUUUCACGAAGGGCCUUCUUGUUGGCAUGUAGAAUGAAGAUUGGUAAAAACAGUUUAAUACAAGUUUCUUUGGUCUACAUCGGAGGAGGAAAAAUGAAUAUUCCAAUUUCUGAAAAACGGUAAACCUGUACUGCCUGCCUGUACAGCUACUUCUAAUGCAGGUUUCGUAUUCUAGUCCUCAACAGCAAUAGAACUACUGCAGAUCCAUGAAAGUUUUACCUAUGGCCUCUGCAUAUUUUGGCUUUCCUUUGACUAAUUGAUAUCCUCUUGAAGAUGAUCUAGCAAAUCGUUACACGGUGGCACUAGCCAUUUAAGCCUUUCUUUAGGGCAUUGAAAUGUUCAUAUGGGGAGCAAGUCCAAAUUGUUGAUCUCGUUCGUUGAUACAUAUAUGAUAGGAUAUUUGCAAUUAAAAUCAUGAAGUUUAGUAUAUUUUACAGUUACAUCACCGAUGUUUAAUUUUAGCAAUUUCAAACACCAACCUUUUAUAUUUGCCAAUUUGAAACACAAGUUGAAUUCUUGGUAUACUUUUUGCUGAUGUUACGCUAGAAAGAAAUUUAUGAUAUAUUUUUGCGUUCAUAUCACUAGAAGUAUAUCAAAAUUCAAUGUGUUUUGAAUUGUUAAAAAUUGAAAGAUGAGUUGAAAUUGUUAAAUUAAAAGUUGGAGUUGAAUUGAAAUUGUUAAAAUUAGAUUCUGAUGUUGUAAUGACAAAACAUAUGAAUCGUUUACUUCAUUUUUA